AUGUCUCGUGAGCAACACACCGGCCUCCCGCUCGACAUAUGGGUCAAUAUUUUUGAAUUCACUCUACCGGAGUGCAAAUUUACCAGGCCCAGCCCAUCUACGGCACCCCUUCUCCUAUGUCGCGUCUCACAGUCCUGGCGCAACUUGGCCAUCGCACUCCCAUCCCUGUGGAGCUCACUGGCCAUCGAAGUCUACCUAGGCUCAGCCACUCCCCGCGAAGAGCUAGUGUUCGCGUUCCUUCUUCGAUCCGGUUCCGUCCCGCUAUCCCUGUCUUUGCGACAACUCGACUAUUCAGCCGCGACCGAGACACUCACGGAAGCCCUCACCCAUCAUAUCGGGCCACGGGUAUCUCAGGCCCGGCACCUUAGCCUAAUGCUCAGCCAUCUUGGGAAGCGUCGCUCACCUUUUUUCGUCCCAAUGCCUGAAUUAGAGACAAUGGAACUACACAUCUCGUGUCCGUUUACUUGGGCUGAAUCAAACGCUCUCAUCAACAACUUCCGCAAUGCACCGAAGUUAAAGGAGUUGAAGCUGGCUGCACUCCAUUGGCCACCCGCACGGCCGGAUAUCCGAGAAGAAGGGGAUGACGACAUGUCGGACAUCGGUUGGUCACUCCAAUUAUCGUCAGCUAGCAUCAAUAUGCUAUCGGAUCCGUCGGUCGCUACGCAGUACCUGGCCAAGUGGCCGAAACUAUCCCACUACCAAGUGUGGGUGACUGAAAUCCCUCUAUCGACAAAUCGCAUGCCUGUCAUUCAUCAGCAUUUGCGCAAGCUGGACCUGGGGGUCGAUCGGUAUCCGACCCUAGCCGCUGAUUUUCUCUGUCGAUUGACGCUGCCAGCGCUGGAAGAGUUAUCGGUCACUUUGCAUUCCCCCGACUAUAUGACGCACAGUCGCUUCGGCGUUGUUGACUUUCUCACCAAGUCGCAAUGUCGUCUACGCAAGCUAAAAUUAUGCGAGACAAGUAUGGAACCGCAAGAAUUGCGCGAGAUUAUCCAUCACCCCGCGCUCGAGACGUUGGAAUGCUUCAAUGUCACAGAACUGCGGGGAAACCAGGUCUGGGGUUGGGGGGACAGCGUGCGCCCGACACUACAGGCUUUAACAUCCACACGGCGCAGAGGGGAGAAUCAAGCACCAACCAUCUUACCUUCGUUGCGUCACUUGCAAAUUGUAGGACCUUCUUUCGCCGCCGAAUCUGAGCUAUUAGUGAAGUUAGCAAUCGCUCGAUGGCGUAUACCCAUUGAGGGUCAACGCCUUGAGAGCUUCACAUCCUCGGUAAUCAACACUGAAGCUGGCAUUAAGGCCAUAUUCGAAUUAAUUGUUGAGGGGCUACGCUGGGAGAUCGUAUAG